GAUCUGCUACAACCAUCUGCAACAACGAACAACAAACACACCGAACAGAGCUGUGCACCGUGCGGCCUCCAGAGCGCAGGACCAGUGUUAUAAAAUCUGUUUUUAUUGGGCUUGUAAGGGAGCAGAGCUAACGCUCCGCGAGGACACGGACACGCUGCGGCGCGUUACCGGAGCGAUGCCGUCCCGUGUGAACGACUACGAGGUGCUACUCACCAUCGGCUCCGGAUCUUAUGGACGAUGUCAGAAGAUCAGGCGCAAAUCGGACGGAAAAAUCCUGGUGUGGAAGGAGCUGGACUAUGGUGCGAUGGGGGAGAGUGAGAAGCAGAUGUUGGUGUCAGAGGUGAAUCUCCUGAGAGAGCUGAAGCACCCAAAUAUUGUGCGCUACUAUGACCGCAUCAUCGACCGCUGCAACACCACACUCUACAUCGUCAUGGAGCACUGCGAGGGCGGAGACCUGGCCAGCCUCAUCAGCUGCUGCAUUAGAGACAGGCGCCACCUGGAGGAGGCUUUCAUACUGCGGGUGAUGGCUCAGCUGGCCCUGGCCCUGCGUGAGUGCCACAGACACAGUGAUGGCAGGGCCACAGUCCUGCACAGAGACCUGAAACCUGCCAACAUCUUCCUCGACAGCAAACACAACGUAAAGCUGGGAGACUUUGGACUGGCCCGCAUCCUCAACCACGACACCAGCUUCGCCAAGACCUUUGUGGGGACACCCUACUACAUGUCUCCUGAGCAAAUGAACCAGAUGUCCUACAAUGAGAAGUCUGAUAUCUGGUCUCUGGGCUGUCUGCUUUAUGAGCUCUGUGCACUCUCGCCUCCUUUCACUGCCUUUAACCAGAAAGAGCUGGCAGAGAAGAUCCGUGAGGGCCGCUUCAGGAGGCUCCCAUACAGAUACUCUGAGGAGCUCAACUCGCUGCUUUGCAAAAUGCUGCAUCUCAAGGAUUACCUGCGACCCUCAGUGGAGUCCAUUCUCCAGUGCAGCUUGCUGUCUGAGGUCGUGGCUGAGCAGCAGAGAAAGGCCCAGGAGAAAGCCCAGAGAAGGUCUGGAGACUGUCCCCAGCAGACCCCCACUCCCUCCACCCCCACCCCACCCACAGCUAGUGAGACCCAACUCAAACUGAGAGAGCAGGCUGUGAAGGAGCGCGAGAGGGCCCUGAAGGAGAGGGAGGAGAGGCUAGAGAAAAGAGAGCAGGAACUUUGUGUGCGAGAGCAGCUUUCCAAUGAGAAACUUGCCCGAGCUGAAAGUUUACUGAAAACUUACAACCGCCUUCACCAGCAGAGGGAGCUGUCUCCGUUUUAUUCCAAAGACAUAGCUUUGGCGGAUAAAACUUCACCGGGGAAGAAGAAGGUGCAUUUUGCCGGGGAGAGCAAAGAAAAUGUGAGACCGCUGACCGCUGAGUCGCAGCAGCUGAUCCUAAGGAGGCUCCACAUAGCUAACCUGCGUGCCCAAGCCCUCAGUGACAUGGAGAAAGUGUGUCAGGCCAAGAGCAGGCAGAUCCUUGGCCUCCGAUAACCACAGAGACACAACGACUUGUAUAUGUUAAUAUGAUUGUAACAUAAGCUAGAUUUAAUUUAAAACUAACAGAUAUUGUUAUGAUUGUUGGUUGUUUUACUAAUUUUAUAAUUAAUGUGUUUUAUGUUUUUGGUGUGAAAAUAUUUGAUUCUGAUGUUGUAUCUUCAGGCAGCUAGUCGUUCUCCAAAACCCAAGUGCAGUAAGUAAUUGUAGAUCAAUAUAUGGUUGUCAAAGGUAUCGAAAAUCACAUACUGAUACUAAAUCUAGUAUUAAAACUAUUGAUAGGACAGAAAUGACCCUUUCCUGAAUAUGUUUAGAAUGAUGUUUAGCUGUAUCUUUCACAAGUAUGACACAGACUAGUAUAUACCCACAGACCACUGUGAACGUACUGGACACUGAGGAAUUACACACAUAUAAUGCACGUGAGAAUAGAAAAAGUACUACCAUUUAAUGUUGGAAAUCGCAUGUGUUUUUUGGGUUUUUUUUAAUUAUCAUUUUUGUAUGGGAAUUGGUAUCGGAAAUUUUAGAACCAUGACAACAUAGCUCAGUGUUUGUUAAAAGGCCAAUGUAACACAACCACUACAGCAUAGUAAACAUGCAUUUACGACUACAAGCUAGUUAGACAACUUUGUUUUCUAAAUAUAUGGUACUAUAUAAUGGUAAGUCAAAUUCCAGAACUCAUACAACAAACAGUCUUCCCCAAAGGGUCAUCACUCAACCAUUUUCAUACCAAAAGACUUAUGUUUGUUUGAUGAAAAUGAAUCAGGGGAGGGUUAUGGACCAUAUUUUUGUCACUGAAUGUGUGAUUUGGACUGAAAAGGUUUUAAAUGGUGGCACAGAAACAGAU